CUCAUGUUGGCCAGGCAGGCGCUGUGCUGCUGAGCUCCAUUCCCAGCCUGACAAACUUCUUUAGAAAAGAAUGAAGACCAUCCUGUAAGAAGACAAACUUGCUUACUGAGAAUUGCAGCAAAUAAGCAAGGUAUUUUCAGGAUGUCCUUACUAUGUCUAAUGGUGUGUUUCAUUUUGUGUGCCUCAGCUUCUGGCGAAUGUGUGACUAAACUAUUCAAAGACACCAGCUUUGAAGGAGGAGACAUUGAUACAGUUUUCACCCCAAGUGCCAAAUACUGCCAGGUGGUCUGUACCUACCACCCAAGGUGUUUGCUCUUCACUUUUAUGGCUGAAUCAUCAUCUGCAGAUCCUAGCAAAUGGUUUACUUGCAUCCUGAAAGACAGCGUCACGGAAACAUUGCCAAAGGUGAAUAUGACAGGAGCAAUUUCUGGAUAUUCUUUCAAGCAGUGCCCACACCAAUUAAGUGCUUGCAGCAGAGAUGUUUACGCAGGCCUAGACAUGAAAGGCCUGAACUACAACGGCUCUGCCGCGAGGAGUGUUCAGGAAUGUCAGGAGAGGUGCACAAAUGACAUCCACUGUCACUUUUUCACGUACGCAACGGGAUAUUUUCCCAGCUCAGAGCAUCGGAACUUUUGUCUAUUGAAGCACACCAAAACAGGAACACCAACCAGUAUAACGAAGCUUAAUCAUGUGGCAUCUGGAUUUUCACUGAAACCCUGUGCGCUUUCUGAGCUGGCUUGUAUUAGGGACAUUUUCCCUGAUACGGUGUUUGCAGACAGUAAUAUCGACAGCGUUUUGGCUCCAGAUGCUUUUGUCUGUCGCCGCAUUUGUACUCAUCAUCCCGGAUGUUUGUUUUUUACCUUCUUUUCCCAAGAAUGGCCAAAGGAAUCUCAAAGAAAUCUUUGCCUCCUGAAAACAUCCGAAAGUGGGUUACCAGCUAUCCGCAUUCAAAAGCACAAAGCCCUCUCUGGCUUCAGUCUACAAAACUGCAGGCACAGCAUCCCCGUAUUCUGUCACUCUUCUUUUUACCGUGACACCGAUUUCCUGGGAGAGGAACUGGACAUUGCUGAUGUGAAAGGCCAUGAAGACUGCCAGAAAAUGUGCACCAAUGCUAUCCGCUGUCAGUUUUUUACCUAUUUGCCGCCUCAAGAAUCUUGCAAUGAAAGGAAAGGCAAAUGUUACUUAAAACUUUCUUCAAAUGGAUCUCCAACUAAAAUACUUCAUGGGAGAGGAAGCAUCUCUGGAUAUACAUUAAGGUUAUGUAAAAUGGAUAACGUAUGCACGACCAAAAUCAAGCCCAGAAUUGUUGGAGGAACUGAGUCUGUUCAUGGCGAGUGGCCAUGGCAGGUAACUCUGCAAACCACGGCACCCUUCCGGCGACACCUGUGCGGGGGGUCCAUCAUCCGGAGCCAGUGGGUCCUGACCGCCGCUCACUGUUUCGAUGGGGUAGAAUCAUCUAAAAUUCUGCGUAUUUAUGGUGGCAUUGUAAAUCAAUCUGAAAUAAAUGAGGAUACUCCUUUCUUUGGGGUACAAGAAAUAAUAAUUCAUGAUCAAUACAAAGUGGCAGAAAGUGGGUAUGACAUAGCCUUGCUGAAACUGGAAACAACCAUGAAUUACACAGAUUCUCAACGACCCAUAUGCCUACCUUCCAAAGGAGAUAGAAAUGUGAUCUACAAUAACUGCUGGGUGACGGGAUGGGGAUACACAAAGUUAAGAGACAAGAUACAAAACACUCUCCAGAAAGCCAAGAUACCCUUGGUGUCAAAUGAAGAAUGCCAGACAAGAUACAGAAGACAUAGAAUAACCAACAAGAUGAUUUGCGCAGGCUACAGGGAAGGAGGGAAGGAUGCCUGCAAGGGAGAUUCUGGGGGUCCCCUGUCCUGUAAGCACAAUGAGGUCUGGCAUCUGGUGGGCAUCACGAGCUGGGGUGAAGGUUGUGGUCAGAGAGAACGGCCGGGCAUUUACACCAACGUGGUUAAGUAUGUGGAUUGGAUUUUGGAGAAAACUCAAUCAGUGUGAAAGGAGUCCUAGGUCCACUUGACCCCUGACAGACAAACCAGAUCGUUCCCUGGAAGAGGGCUCUGAUUUCACUGAAGAAAACACGGCGAUGUUAUGUUUCCUCCAUUACGAAUUGCAUGGGCCUGAUGUUCUAAGACAAUAUUUAAAAACUGUGUUUUGAAAACUCCCA